UUAUUUUGAUUUUUUUCAAAUAAAAUCUUACCUCGUUAUAAGAAUAUCAUCAUUAUUUUCAUUAAGAUAUGUUACUGCUCUUCUUUUUUUUUUUUUUGCGUUAUUAUUAUAUUCAUUAAGUCAUUCGGGCCUCCUGAAUCUAAAAUCCUAGCUCCGCCCCUGCCGGCUGCCGCUACCAGCCUUCGAGAUGGACGCCUGCAAAAGAGGAACCCACCGGCGGUGGUUGGCGGGGACCUGCUCCGAAGCUCAAGUCAGUAUUUGAGACGAGAGUAACCAAGAGCGGCGUAUUGAUCCGCCUCUAGAGAGAAAUUUAGAGUUCAACUCCAAAAUGAACUGCCUUGAAAGCAUAAUAAGCGUCCUAUUUAUAGGUGUCUCAUGCUUCUGACGUGGAUGGUGUGUAAAAAAUAAUAUUCUUUUAUCUCCAAACCAACAUGUUUCGUGCAAUGCUCGAGUGAGUGUCAAAAAAACUAGAGCACCCAACCAAUCUAUGUAAAUAGUAAUGGUUGGUUGGUUGUAUCGAAUAAAGAAAGAAACACAUAUGACCCUUAACUUAAAUGAGUUGCUUACCUGGCUCUUCUCCCUGACCUAUGAAUAACUAAAUCUGGACCUCUAGAUCUAAGUGAGCCCAGAAAAUUCAGAUCUAAGGGUUGUCAAUUAAAAACAUCUUAUUUUCCCUAGUUUUCAUAAUCGGCUCUUAUCUUCUUUGUUUUAACUCGGAUUUCAAAUUUUUUUCACACAUGGAACGAGUUCGUUGUGCUCUACAAAAUGAGAUCAAUUUUCAAUAUAUUUCGAAAAACUUUUUUUUUACCAACUACAUACCAUAUGAUAACUUCUUCGUUUUUAAGUCUUUUUUGAAAACGUUUGCUUAGAAGGAACGAGUUCAUCAUGAUCUAUUGGAUCUACAAAUUUCUGGGUAAAAAAAAUAUUGGACCAAAAAUUAUCACACUUUACCACUAUGGUAUGUGGAUGGUAACUUGUAGUAAACAAUGAUGAAAGUCGUAAAUGACAGUUAGUAUACUCCUACUAUCAUGUAAUCAACCUUCUUAUCAUAUUGGUAUGUUCAUACAAUCAUGGUACUCUUUCUUACCAUAUGGUAUUAAAUAUGAGCAUACCAUAUGGUAAUGACUGGUAAAAAAUUAUUCAAUUUUUUAUUUGUACUAAAAAUAUAUCAAAGUGGAUAUCAUUUUAAAGAGCACAUUUAAUCUGAUUUAUCUGUGCAAAAAAAAAAAUUCGACUUAAAACGAGAGAGAAAUCGUCCGUUAAAGAUUAAAGGGGAAAAAAUAAAAGACUUUCCAGGAGAGAGGGGAUGCUGAUGUCAUACGGAUGUUGACAGGUUACUGAGAUGGUUACUCACCAUAAGAGUUACUGACCUGAUUCACUCCCCUGUCCACGUGUAGUAAGCGGGGAAAUGGUUUGGUUAGUGUAGGUAACUAGAUGAUUAAUCAAGUAAUCAUCCACCUCAUGUAUUUCUACUAAGCCACGUAUAUAAGUAGUGGGAGGUGGGACAAUGUGGUUGUUUGAGGGCUUAUGAAACCACACAUUCACAUAAUUAUUUAAUCAAAUGUGGUAAUUUCAUAACUUAAUUUCUUUUCUAUUAGACCACAUUUUAAGGAAGAUUUACGUAAACAUUAUAUAAUAAUUAGUUAAAUUAUAAAAUACAUUAUCUAAAACUUAUGAGAAUAGUUAUUUCUUAUGUAUUGAUGAAAUAAAACUCAUUAUAUAAGUCUUUCAUAAUAAUUAAAAAGCUACGUAAAACUUAUGGAGGGAUAGUCAUUUCUUAAGUAUCAAUUAAAGAAACAUUUUUUUCAUUUGUUAUUGGUCUGAAGAUUCGAACCUAAAGUGUGGUAGAUGUUAUUAUCCCACAUUACCAAUAGGUCAACCCCUUGGGGUUAAUUAAACAUAUAUAUUACGCAAGUCUUCCAUAAUUUAAGUUUUUGUAACAUAGGUUUGAAGUAAUAUUCAUUUAUUAUUAAGUAAACUGCUCACCAUCAAUUUGAAUUGCAUAAAUAUUUCUUUUAAUUCAGUAAUGUUUUUACAUAACAAUUUAAUCAAGUAUAAAACUUUUCAUAACUUAUUUGUUUUUUAAUUAGCUAAUUUUAAUUAAUUAUUAAAUACACUAAUAAUCAUCUCAUCAGCUAGCAUUAUGCUUAUGUAUCAUAAGGUAGGUUAACUUUCAUAUAAUAUUUUAAUUAUUAUGAUACUUUUCAGCAUUUGAUUUGUUAUUAGAUCACAAAUUACGGAAGAUAUACAUAACAACAUUCUAUAAUAAUAAUGUUAAUUAAAAAUACAUCAUGUAAAACUAUGGAGGGAUAACAACCUAUUACGUAAGUAUUUCUUAAUGAUUAAUACACGAAGCAAAGUUUAUGAAGGUAUCUUACCCGAGCAAUUUUAUGAAUUAUUUGAUUAUAUUUAAUCAUUAAAUAAUUAGAUAAGAUUUAAAUAUAAUUAAUUUCUUACCGCGGUGAAACGUGAGCAAAAAACUAGUCUCUUUAAAUGCAAUAUUUUCACUUUCCUUCCACGUGUAAGAGUAUGACAAUGAGAGGAGUGGUUUGCAUGAAGAGAGAAGGAAGAGAAGACAACAAGAUGUUGGUAAAAAUUAUUUACUUUCUUCUCCUUUGGCCAUGUGGAAAUGAUAGGGAAAACUUUAUUCAAAGCACCCAAAUAAUCACCAUUCUUUCUUUCCACAUGUGGAUUAAUGUGUAAGGGGAGAUUGGUGGUUUGAGGGUCAAGAAACCAAAAGUUUCUUUUAGUAUAUAAAAGCUGGCUACGCUUUUUGCUCUUUUUUUCCCGUUAGUGUUUCACUUUCUGUCUUUUAGUGCCAAUUGGUGAAAGGGCUUCGUGAAGGAGCUUCCCCAAUCCCCACAGAGUCCCUUUCCCAUACAACAAACAUUUUCCUUCCCUCAUUCCAGCAGAAGCCCAUUCAUCCAAUUUCUUCGAAUCACCAAUGACUUGAAGGUAGCGAAAUUCGUUGACCAAUUAUGGUUCCUCUGCUUUGAGUUUACGGCGGGCCAUAAAGAUCUCUUCUUCUUCUUCCAUGACAUGUAUGUCCCGUGGAUGAAUUGGCAUAUUAUCUUCAUGUUCGACUAAUGUGGCAGUCCACCUUAUCAUUCCAUGCUCGUCUCUCACAACCACUCCAAUGUAGACGAAGCCAUCUCUAAACGAACCAUCAGUUUCUAGAUAGAAACUAAACAAGAAAAAAACUAAAUAAAUGAGAAUGAUUUGAGAUUAUAAACUAAAAAUUAUCCGAAAGUAGUGUAGGGUAUAUGAGAACUUACCCUCCCGAAACAAAAGGUGGAUGGGGGAGCAGCCUCAUUCGAAAGAAUCUCACUUUUUUAUAGGUGUCUUUGACUUCCUUAGUGAGUUCAUCUUUCCUUAAAAUCUUCAAUUGAUGCCUGAGGAUGGCCUCCACCAAGGCAAGUUUGAGGUUAGGCAUUUUCUCAUAGCGUUUGAGUUGCUUCUUGAAUCGCUCAAUAGUCAUGUAUCCCUUUUGAAACCAAUCCCAAGUGUUGCCAGCUUGUUUUCGAGUGUGUUGAUCGGCAAGAAGUUCACAAAGCUGGCACGAGACAAGCUGGUUCUCUUCGGAUGGACAAAACGAGGCGCAUGAAGGUCGUGCAACUGAGCUGGCACGAGACAAGCUGACUCGGGCCGGAGACCUUGACCAACUCUGGUUCAACCUUAUAGUGUUUUGCUUCUUAAUACCAAUUGCAUCUUUGAAAAAGUCUGUAAGGGAAAGAAGAAAAGGAGUUAGAUGUAAUUCUGGGGGAAUAGUUGUAUUUGUCAAAAAUAAUCUUAAUGAAUAUUAAUCUUAUUUGUCCAAAAUAAGCAAGAAAAACUGAAAAAAUAAGCAAACAAAAAAUAAUCUAGAGAAAGAUUAUAAUUCUUUAAUGUACCUGUACCACCUUUAAUAAAAGAAAAAAACAUGAAAGAUUAUACAUAAAUGAGUUGAUUCACCUAAUAAGCCUAAAAAGAUGACGUGCCACUAACUCAGAAGCAGAGGCUCGAACUGAAGUCAUCCAUCUCAGAAGGAGAGCAGAUUGAAUACCCCAAAGAUGGGCAAUAAGACGAAAAGGAAAGAUGAAAAGACAAACGAAAAAAACAGGGGGAGGGAAUGUAAAGGGAAACAAGCAAAUCAAAAUGGAAAUGGUGGAGGGCCACCGCCGUCCCAAAGGAAAACCCACGGCAGUCAUGUUGAAGAUUUGAAACUGAAAAUUAAUUGACCUAGUUGUUAAUAUUUUUCACUAUGAUUGCAUUUUUCUUUAAAGUUCUUUUUUUUACAUUUUGGCAAAUAAACAUUACAUGGCGGCUGACUUCAUCCUUCCAUGAAUCAAACAAUAUUAUAUGUUAGGAUCGUAUAAAUCAGAACCCGCUAGAUGGAAUGGAAAACUUACUUGUUGCUUUCUUGAUCAUUGCUUUUUUUAACAUUGUGUGCGUCCAAAAACAACGUGGUUGAUAAAGGAAAAUUAUGAUAUGCCCAACUUCUCCUUGCUGUUGGUUGGAUUGAGCUCUUCAAUAGAGCUUACAAUCAGAGAAAAGGGGAAACAAUGAAGAGAAGAGUGAGCAAGAACUAAUACUCACAUUAGUGGUUGGUCAACAAGUCACAAUAUAUGCAUGUAGUACUAUCAUGUGCUCAUUUUGAUUUCAUGGCAGCGGCGAAUCCAAGGGGGGAGCCCGGCCAGCCGUCCCAUACUACAAAACUAGUUAGCAUUUAAUAAACCCGGUUUAUAAGUCCGUUGGCCCGGUCAAGCAAAUAAGUUGAGGGUUAAUGGGCCGAUCGCUUUAGCCCGGACAUAUGGUAAAAAUCAUUAUAUUGUUUAUACAUAUAUAAAUUAUUAUUUAAUAUCUCAUCAAAUAUAUGAGUAAUAACAUAUAAAAUUACGUCAAAAUAACAUGUAUGAACAAAAUAACAUGUACUUGGAUACAACAUAUAGUGAAAUUUCACACACACUUAUAUAACAUCAAUGUUCAAAUGUUUAACUUAUAAUUUCAAAGAUUGGUUUAUGCGAAAAGCAAAACCGAAAAAUAGGCACAUUUCACAAACCAAAGGAAAACGCCACCGUUUGACCUCCCGGCGGGUGUGUGUAUAGCCCGUUUUUCUCACCGGGUCAAGGUCAAAGCGGGCCAACUGGAGGGUCGACCCACGGGUUAACAACCUUGGCACUUAUAAAUUUUUCGUGUUAACUGUUUAAAUUUUUCGUGUUUAGGUGUUUGGCCCAGUUCUAUUAAAAGAUGGUCCAGUAUCAUUUAGAAAUAAAAUUUUGGAUAACUAUGACAAUGGUACAGAUGAAUAUAUCCAAAUCACUACUCUAAGGGGUUGUUUGGAGAAUGGGAUUUAGGGCGUGGAUUUAUUGAAUCCGCAGAUUUUGUAGAAAGUUAUGUUUUUUUGUUGUUUUUUGUAUUGUGGAUUUUAGCUUUAGAGAUUUUAAAACUUUAAAAUCUAUGGAUAUCAAAUCUCUCAUAAUCAGAGAGAUUCUAUAUCUUGAUUCGUGAGAUUUUUUCUCCUAUCUUUUCACUUUCUUUUAUUUAUUUAUCACAUUAAAUAUAUUUACUAAUUUUUU